GUUUACCAUGUUGUGCACAGUUUGGUUACGAUCAGUGCUGGUAUAGAGCUGUGAUAGUCAGUGUUUAUCAGGAAACACAACAGAUACUUGUACUAUUUGUUGAUUAUGGGAACUCAGAGGUCACAACCUAUAACAAAUUACGUGCUAUACCACCAAGCUACCUUACUCUUCCUUGCCAGUCUUUAAGAUGUGUUGUAUCAAGAUUAAUGCCCCCAGCAAACACCGUCUCUUGGACCAAAAAUGCCCUAGUGGAAAUGAUGUCUGCAGUAGCGAAUAAAUUAAUCUUGGCUAAGGUUGUGAAAAUUGAUCCAGUGACAGUUGAGUUAUAUGAGGGCAGUGAAGAUGAGGGUUUUGUAUACCAGUCUGUGAUUGAUGGAGGAUAUAUACAAUUAGAUACUUCAUCAGGUGAUACACCAGAUACUAGUCCAACAAUAAAGGAAGUAUUUACAGCAACAAAUGCAACAGAGGAGAAAAAAGUUCCUGAUGUGGUUGUUAAAAAAUCUGCUAAUGUCAGCAAUAAAUCAGAGACAGUAUGUGAACCUGCAGAACAAGAUAACAGUGUAACAAAAGCUACAAGUGGUGUUGUUGACAAGGUAACAGAGGUUGCUAUGGCAACUGGGAAUGAUAAACAUGUGGUUAAUGAAGCAAGUGCUAGAAUUUCAGAAAUUACAAUAGAUAGUACAACAGACGAUGACCGAAGUGAAACUAGUUCUGUCUCCGCGCCAUCCGUUUCUACGACAACUGCAGAAAGAGUGAGUAAGUCAAGCAAGUCAUGGGCUGAAAUGGCAGAGGACGGAUCGUCUGUUGACAUCGAUGAAAUCCUAGAAUUUGAAGACUCUGAACAUGAUAAACAAAGCAGUGCUUCAGAGGUAGAUCAGGUAGUCAAGGAGUGUACAGUGAAGCAAGACGGUAAAAAAACACGAAAGGACAGGAAGAAAUUAAGUGUAGAAGAGAGAAAGAAACUUCGAGAAUCUAGAAAAGUGGAAGUUGUUCAGCACGGUGACGAGUGUUUUGACUGAAAAAAAUUAAA